UGGUAAACAGAACGAAAAUGUAAUGAAUAUUAUUUAAUAAUAUAGUAUAACUUUAUAAUAAAUAAAAAUUAUUUUGUUAGCUACAGGAAUCUUCAUAAGUGGUUGAAAUUUGAAUAUUCGCUAUAUAUAUAUUUAUCUGCAUUGAAAAAUACAGUGAUAGUAUCCACAUACAUAUUAAAUCAUAUUGCGUUAACUGAGCAGAAUCCAGAUAACAAAAUUGAAUAUUAUUAUUUUAAUAAUGGAUGUAGAUUUAUUGAGACCUGGCACAGUACCCAUAUCACCAGACACUAUAUUGUGGUUUGAAUUUCUAUUGGAUAAAAAUCUCCUUAAAAGACAUCUCAACAAACCUAACCCAGAACCGACACCAUGUCAGCUUAUAGAGGAAUUUCUAUCUGUUGAUACAAAUAAUCAGUCUUCUAAGCCUCCUAGUGAAAGAAUUGUAGAUACAGAUUUACCUCCAAGUCCACCUGGAUUAAGUACUCCAGCACCACUGCAGUUCACUAGAAAACAACUUGCUUUGAAGGUCCUUGGUUUAAAAGUAGCCUCAACUCUCCAUUGGAAUUUGGAUAUUUUGGAAGCAAGAUUACCACAGCAUAUCCAACAACAGCUUAUGCAAGAUCUUGUAUAUAUGGCAACGGAUGCUGAAUUUGUGAUACCACCACAGGAAAUUUCGUCCGACAUUUUGCAAAAACUUCAUGUGCAGUUUGCACUCACAUUGUACCAUAGAUGGGUCCUAAGGUUUCCUGUAAAAUCUGCGUUGUAUCUUAAAUCUACUAAGGUACCAUUUGUGCACAUGCCUAUGUCGCAUACAGAUAACAACUAUGGUUUAAUAAACCAAAACUUUGAUAAAGUAUUGCGUAUGUGUGAAUCAGCUCGUUUCCAAAGUAUAAGAUACUUGGAGGGUAUACUAGCUUAUUACGAGACAACGCUUGGAAGGCGAGAAUCGAGGAAGAUUAAGAUCCCUGUCAUAGAUACCUUUGAACACCUUACUGAGAAUUCAGAGGGUAUGAAUCAUAAUUGGGAUGCUGGUGAUGUUUAUAUCAGCCAAUACGAAUUAGCAAUGCAGAUACAUUUUGAUCUUUGCUAUAAUUACUUCUUUUUCGGACAACAUGAUCGCGCUAAGAAGCAUAUACUAGGCUGUAGGGAAAAUUCUAAGUUGCUGGAAAAUGAAAUAGAAAAAUUUGGUUAUGGUCCGCUAAAAUGGAUGCCUUGGGGAAAUUUUUACUAUGCAAGCAUGACUGAAAAUGAUAUUUUAGGAUAUAUAAGAGCUCUUAAUUUGGGCUAUGAGCUUCUUAAUGAACAGCCGUCCUUACUGCAGAAACUUCAGGAAUCUAUUGCCAAUCAUUACACAGGGAUUAUUGCAAUUCUUCAAGCUGAUAAUCUAAAACGAGAGAUCCCUCUGGUUCAUAGAGAAGUUGUAGAAAUGGACAUACAAGGUUCUGCCUCGAGUGGAGCCUUCACUGUAGCAAGGGAUCUUCUUAACCGCGUGUCUGUUUUAAAUGCUGUUCGUUAUGCGCUCGAAGGUGGCAUACCAUCAACCCAUCCAGAAUUCAUUAAUAAAUUUAAAACUAUAGGAAUUAAAUAUUUUGAUCUACUUUUCUGGGCUGUCGGACCUGUUUUGACAUCAAAUUUAUCAGCUAAAGAAUGGGAGAACCUGAGGAUUUUUUUCCUCCAUUUAGCUACAUCACAAUGUCGUCUUCCCAUAGAUCGAAUUGAUGAAUAUUUACGGAAAUAUGUCGGUGAUGGUGCUGAGGUUAUUCGGCGAAAAUUAAUUUCUGAUAAACAAUUAAAUGAUAUCUUGGAGGAUUCAAAUAACAUUGAUGAAGAGGACAUGGACAUCCCAAGGGAACUGCUUACAGAUGAUUGGGAAACUCCUAAUUUUGAUUUUAAAUCAGUACCUGAACUAGAAAUGGGCAGGUUGAAAAAGCGUUUAAUCGAAGCAUCCACGGCUGAUGACGUCCGUAUGAACUUAGUUAAGCUUGCAGUAAUGUCACCUUCAUCAGCUCUGUGGAAAAUCAGUCCAUCUUGGAAGCCGCCAGGUGGAUUAGGAAGUUCCUUGAUGUCUCUGCCAAGAGGGUUUCUCCAAGACUUUGGGUAUAUAGUGUCUGGUGCGGCAAGAUCUCGAGCUGAAGCUGGAUGUUCUCGGACGGCGUUGUCAUUACUGUCUGUACUGGAAAAUGAGGCGCGGAGUCAACUAGGGGGUGGGUCAGAUCCAAUACUUUUGCGGCUAUGUCGACAAUUAUCGUGGGAAGUGCUGUUUCUGCAAGUCAAUGUGAUGUUGAGUGAAUGGCCGCAUCACCGCCUCAAUUUGACAACGCUCGCCACCAAGUGCAAGACUUGCUUAUCAUCUGCGUCAGCUGCGGGCGAUGGUGUCGUUCCUCGUCCUCAGGUGAUAGAAGCCUGCUGGGUCUGCCUCGUGAACGCUUGCGAGUGGGAGAACGCUGUCGCAGUGACCGGGCCCGGGGAACUCCCCGCCUUGCUCUGUACUGCUUGCUUUGAGCUGCAGAGGGGCAAAGCGACCAGGAAAUUCCCGAGACCUUUAUGGGACUAUGUGCUGUCAGUAUUUAAUAACGGGUCGACUGUUCCGGUCAAGAGGACCGCAGGUGGCGUGCCAGCACACGGACGGGAUGCGGCCGCCGCAGCUGAGGCCAGAGCCUCGCUGAACACCUUGAUGUCCACGUUGAGAGAGCCGCUCGCCAUCAGCGUGAUGCUAUCCCUGCUGGCCAAGAUAUACAACCUGAUGAUAGACGACAGCAGCCUGGAGCUGGUCACGGAGUACACCGGGCUGUGGCCGAACAAUAUAUCCAACGUCAACAAUUAUAAUGCGAAACAUAUCCUGGAAUCUAUCACAGAGCUUCUCGAGAGGAGUUUGAAGUUCUAUCCCUAUAAUACCUCUUGGUUGCGCCUGUACGGCGACGUCGAGAUGGCGGCGGGGCGGUGGUCUGCGGCGCUGCGGCGGUACCUGUGCGCGCUGGCGGCCGCCUCGUGGCACUUCAGCAAGCGCGCGCCCGACGAGGGGGGCGUGGCCAGGCGAGCGGCGCGCUGCUGCCAGGCGCUGGCGUGUCCCGCGCAGGCGGCCGCGCUGUGCCAGCUGCCGGACGAGCCGGACUACACCACCGCCUUCAAGUGCUUCGCGGAGAAGGUGGGUCUUGUGAGACGAGCAGUGCGGCGGACGCCAUGGACGGCUACUACGGCUGCCUGUGGGACGGCACGCUACUGGAGGUGUGUGCGGCGCUACACGCGAGGCGCGGGGAAGGCGGACGACGGGCACGAGCCGUGCGUGCGGCUGGCGCACUCGAGCUUAACGCGAACAACAGCGAAGACAUCCAGCGCGAGGCCGCCGCCGUGCGACGCGCACGCCUGCUGCGGGCGCUGACCGCCCAGUACGUCGCCUGACGAGUGACGCCUCAAUAAAUAUUGCUGACAUGCAUUGGUUUCCUCUCUCAAAAUCCUUUUCAGCAAUAUUCUAAAGUGGCCGCCCGUGCCUCCGUCCGAGCAGAUGUCUUUCACUUUGCAAUCUAAUCAAGAAAUCGGAUGUACUUCAAAAUUUCAUAGUUUUAUAUUUUGACCCCUGAUUUAUUGCUAAAUAAGUAAGAAAGCUAGCCGUUUUGAAGUUAACAGGAACAAUUUGUCCCUGUUAAAUGCAGAUAAUGAAUGCAGAUAGACCUAAAUCUAAAAAUCGGUGCCGCUCGGUAUUCUGUAAUAGGUAGAUACAUAGAUAAUAAAGAUAUAUUAUGUGUAAAUUCA